AUGGAGUUCAACCUGCAAGACGCUGCUUCUUUCGCUGAAAAGCUUGAUGCUCUCGUAGCAAACCCGGACCUCGUCCUGCAGCUUGAAGACGAUGUGCUUCGCCGACGGCUGCGCGAGGCGGGCCGGAAACUCAGCCGUGCCAUGGAGUCAGCGGGAGACACGACACACCGCCUGAACAAUACCACAUUGGAACUCGCACUUGCCCGGGUUGGUGUAGAGAAGGGAAUAUUCAGUAUUUUUGCUUCUCACGCUGUUGCUAUGACCAAUGCUGAGCUAUCAAAGAAGACCCAGGCCGACCCGGUCUUGAUGAAGCGCUUGCUGCGGUACUACCAAUCUCAGGAAAUGAUCUCCCAGCUUGGCGAUGAUUCGUACAGGGCCAAUUACAUCACGAAAGCCCCGACAACCCUUAUAGGGGAAUCGGGGACAGGCUACUUCUUCGAGAUGAUCCAUCCAUCUUUCGUCGCCAUUCCACAGUUCCUCCGUGAAAAUGGAUAUAAGAAUCCUUCCGAUCCGAACCAUGCACCUUGGCAUCUUGGACACAAGACGGAGAUGAACCCCUUCCCUUGGUUGAAAGCCCAUCCCGAGUACAUGAAAUUCUUCCUGCCUUGGAUGGCAACAAUGAGAGAGGGGCAGCCCAGCUUUCUCGAUGGGAUGGACUUCCGGAAGGAGAUCCUGUCAUCACUACAAAACACAGACAAUACGAUACCCGUUUUUGUUGACGUCGGUGGCGCGAUGGGACACCAGUGCAUUGCCCUUCAGCAUAAGUAUCCUGACUUCAAAGGGCGAAUCAUCCUCCAGGACCAGCCAUUCAUCAUUGACCAAGUGAAGACGAGCCCCUUGCCAGGAUUCCAGGGCAUCGAAGCUAUGGCCUAUGAUUUCUUUACACCGCAGCCAAUCAAAGGUGCCUCUGCGUACUAUCUCAGUUGUAUCCUCCACGACUGGCCUGAUCACAAGUGCGAGGAGAUUCUGAAAAACCUGAAGGGCGCCAUGAAAACAGGCUCUUCUUACCUCUUAGUCGAUGAGAUUGUGUUUCCUGAACGGGGUGCUGCGUGGCGAGCGACAAAUCUAGACAUUUCUAUGAUGACCUGUCUGGCUGCAUGGGAGCGUACGGCUGCCCAGUGGACAACUUUACUCGAAAAAGCUGGGUUUAAGAUCCAGAACAUCUGGGAAUAUGCUCCCGAGAGCCACAACUGCCUUGUUAUUGCUGUGCCUCAGUAG